CCUUAGGCACGAUGGUAGACUUCAUUUCGAUCAACGGCGCACAGCUUGCAUACCGUCUUAUUGGCCCAUCAGAUGCACCACUCAUCAUCACUCUCCAUGGCGGACGAGGAUUCGGCGACCACAAAUCCGACUUUUCAGCAUUCUCGCCUUUAUCGGACCGAUACCGAGUGCUUUCAUUUGACUACCGUGGUCAUGGACAGAGUUCGCGCACCAAGCCGUACUCCUUCCAGCAAAUCGUCGACGACAUCGAGGCACUCCGGGCUCAUUUCGUCGGCCCCGAAACACAGUGCAUCAUUUGUGGCGGCAGCUUCGGCGGCUUUCUAGCGCAACAGUACGCCAUCCAGUAUGCGGAUAAAGUAUCGCAUUUGAUACUACGUGGCACCGCACCUUCGCAUCAUCACGAGGACAAAGCGAUCCAAGUUCUUGAAACACGUCUUAACAAGGCACUCGGGUUAUCUGUGGCCAUGCUGAAAGAGAAGAUCUUCGGGCGAUUUGAAAGCGACAUUGAGUUUCAACUGGUCAUGCUAUCUGCGGCUCCGUUGUAUGCGGAAAAGUUUGACCCGGACCUCGCGUUGCAGAAGAAUCUGGAGACGGUGUUUAAUGCCGAAUCGCAUAAUGACCUGUACUAUGCGGCGGAAAAGUACUUCGAUUACAGAGAUCGUCUGCAUCUCAUCAACGCCCAAACGCUCGUAAUUGUCGGCGAAUACGACUGGAUCUGUCCACCGGAUGAAUCCGCGCUUAUAGCAGCAGAAGUGCCAAACGCGACUCUCGAGAUCGUAAGCGGGGCGAAUCAUGCGGUUCAUCUGGAGAAGAAUGAUUAUGUGGUGGGGGUCAUUCGAGAGUUUCUGGGGUAGGGAAUUCGUUGGUCGGAAAGGAGACGAAGGAUCGGGCGUCUCAGAACAUGCAGCAUGUUCUAAAUCAAGCCAUCGAAGCGAGAAAUCCAGGAGAGCUGAGAUAAAACAUCAUCGCAGGACCGCAAGAUGCGUGCAUGAGAGUCGCUCGGAUCAUCCCACGUGUCGCACACGUGGCGCGCCAUCGUCGACUCCUUCAGCGACGCACAUGGCAUGUUUGCUCAGAUCCCGGCUUAAGAUGUCAGUGCCCUGCGAAUGAGAAGUGGCGGACUCGUAUUGUAUUGGCUAGCGCAAUGUGCAUAGAUAGCGCGAAUGAUGAUGUGCCGUGGUUUUCG